CUGCUCUCCUUCAAAUAUGUAUUUUUAUAAAUUGAAAAGUUCUAUUUCGACACGCACGGAAACAAAGGAAAGGAUCUCCGAUUCCGUUCAUAGAAUGGCUGCCACUCGUCGUCUGACCCGGGAGCUCUCCGAUUUGAUUGAGGCCAAGAUAAGUACUCUGCGGAACAUCGAGAGCAGCGACGAGACCCUGCUGCUUUGGACGGGUCUUUUGGUUCCGGAGAAGGCGCCGUACAAUAAGGGCGCCUUCCGCAUCGAAAUCAACUUCCCGCCACAGUAUCCCUUCAUGCCACCUAAGAUCCUUUUUAAGACGAAAAUAUACCACCCGAACGUGGACGAAAAGGGUCAGGUGUGCCUGCCGAUCAUCAGUACAGACAACUGGAAGCCGACUACGCGCACGGAGCAGGUCCUUCAGGCCCUGAUAGCGAUCGUCCACGACCCGGAGCCGGAGCAUCCCCUACGCUCCGACGUGGCCGAGGAGUUCGUGAAGGAGCACAAUAAGUUCAUGAAGACCGCCGAGGAGUUCACCAAGAAGAAUGCGGAGAAACGACCGGAGUAAGGUCAGCCGGGAGCUCACAUUAUUUGUACAUCGAAAUUAAUUAAAGUUUAGGCCAUGCAUCACAAA